AUGUUGAAUCUUUUGUUGAAGCAGGCGUCGGUGAAAAUGUCGUUCAAUUAUACAAUGGUGAAGAGUUGUAAGAAAUACUUGAGGGUGAGGUGCAUAGAUCCUACUUGCCAAUGGAUGGUGCGCACAUGUGCUAUAGGAGAAUCGGGUUGGUUUCAUGUCCACAAGUACGUGGGAGAGAAUACUUUCGGCGUGGAUCAUGUCACGAAAAAGUACAAAAAUAUCACUGUGGAGGUCAUUGCCUCACUUAUUUUGAACUUUUUCGUCGACAACAAAGGUCCAAGCCCGAAAGAGAAUGAGAGAAUCGUAUUUAGGGAGCUACAUUGCAGGCCGGGCUAUUGGAACCUCAACCUUGGGUCUAUUAAUUCCCUUAUGGUCGAUGAAGAGUCUGGAAGGUUUAUUUACUCCUUUAUGGCAUUUGGGGCUUCUAUACGUGGAUAUGCACACAUGAGAAAGGUUGUUGCCGUUGAUCGCACAUAUUUGUCCGGCAAGUACGAGGGUGUGCUGCUGUCUGCUGUCGCUCAAGAUACGCAGAAUCAUAUCUAUCCCUUAGCAUAUUGUGUGGUGGAUAAGGAGAACAAUGCGUCGUGGGGCUUCUUCUUCGAGAAGCUUAAGGCCUUUGUCGUCGACGAACCAGAGUUGUACGUUAUCUCAGACAGACACGUAAGCAUAGACAAUGGCCUCACAAGGCAUUAUUCGCUUGCGCAUCAUGGUGUUUCUAUAAGGCAUCUCAAUGAAAAUCUCUGA